AUGACGAGCCGACAAGGAGAAAAACCGCUGAUCAAGUUCAUAACCUCCCCGGGGUCACCUGGGACAUCGAUUUUCGUCAUUUUUUCCGGCUACUUGAAAGGGAUCACCCACUCAUUUCUAUCACUAUUGGUUCUUGGAGUCAUCACAACCAACGAAUACCCCGGUUGUCUUGUGGCUUGGCGGAGGACCGGGAAGCUCGGGAAUCCAAGGGCAAUUCUACGAGAAUGGCCCAUUCCGAGUGAAUCAGAGAAGGGGCACACAAUGUUUGAAAAUAUCUUCUCUUGGAAUAAGUUCGCCAACAUGUUAUACCUGGAAUCACCACGUGGCGUUGGAUGGUCCUAUCAAUCGAAUGAUGAUCUCGAUUACAGUUACACGAAUAAUGGAACAGCAUCCGACAACUUGAAUGCGGUCAUCGACUUCUUCGAGAACAUUUUCCCCGAAUACAAACAAAAUGGUUUCUACAUUUCGGGUGAAAGCUACGCCGGUGUGUACAUUCCGAUGUUGGCCGAUGCGCUGAUUCAAGCGAUUCAAUCGGGAAGAACUGAUAUCAAUUUCAAGGGAAUCGCUGUCCAAUCCGGCUUCGUGAGUCAAGUCUACAACCUCAACGUGGCCGUUCAUCAGCUCUACCUUUACGGAUUACAAGGAAAAUAUGAAUACGACAAUUUCAUCAGUCGCUGUUGUCAAGGAGUCAAAGAUCCGACCACUUACGGCGCUGAUCCUUGGUGUGCAAAUGAGACGAUUCGUCAAACAAAGCAAACGUGGAACCCGUCAAGUGCCGUGAUUGACAUGUACAGUUUGUAUCUGGAUUGCGGGUUGAGCCCUUGGACCGACAAAGUGCCGCCUGUUCGAGCCGACGGAUUUGUGGAUAAUGCGCAAAUGAUCAACCUUUACUCGACCGAUCAUCUCAACGGUUUCCCGUGUUGGGGCGGAUCGGCCGCAACUGUUUUCAUGAAUCAACCGGGCAUUCGCGAAGCCAUGCAUAUUCCGGAUGAAGUUGGAAAAGAGUGGAAACAUUUCAACGGCACCGUCGGCGAUCUCUAUGACCAAAGUUGGCCAUUGGAGCUGGACGCUUUCAUCGUUCGAAUCGUCAAUUCUUACUAUUAUAAGCAAAACAAUAUGAGUCUUUUAUUUUACAAUGGAGAUACGGAUACGGUCUGCAGCCAUUGGCAAACACAUUGGUGGUUGAAUCGAGUGGCGAAAACGUUGGGAAUUAAAAAAUUAGCUCCUCGAGACUAUUGGUGGUACCAGAAAAGCGCCGAGUUUCAACCGGUGAUGGCUGGAGCGAUUGAGCGAUUCGAGAAACAAAUCGAUUUCUUGACGAUCAAGGGAGCUGGCCAUCUGGGAGCCGCUGAUCGGCCGGGCCCCGUCGCGCAAGUGCUCUACAAUUUUGUGAACCGGAAACCAUACAAUGCUUCCUAUCCAAAGGAUAUCAAAAAGAAACCGCUGAAACAAUCAUUUCAAUCACUACAGAAUUCGACCAAGCAAGAAGAGAGUGUGAAAGCUCCUCCAAACAACACCGACGAUUUGACGAGCCGAGCGAAAAGCGAUCUGAUCACCUCGAUUCCCGGCCUCACCUUUGACAUCAAUUUCCAUUUUGGCGGUUAUCUCCAUCCGGAGAACAUCAAAGCGCAUCAUUUGUUUUACUGGUUCAUGGAAUCGCAAAACGAUCAAAAAAUGAUCCUGUUGUGCUAUGGCAGUGUCCUCUUCAUGGAGGCGCCAGUUGAGUCGGAUUCUCGUAUUUCGAGGAAUCCGCUUGGAAUAAUACCGAUGAGACGCUUGAGCCGAUGGAGGAGAAGAACGGCACAGCAAUACAAAGAUUCGCCUGAGCAUACCCUCAUCGCUUUUGAUGCACCCACGAAACCGAGAAAGCACUUUGUUUAUCGACAGAACACGGAUCGUAUGAGUUUCGAUCUCAACGGGAUCCAUUCAAUGGCUACACUUGUUAUAAUGAUGACGCUC